GCGUCGACGGACUCGAUCUGUUUUCGACUUGAGAGUCUUCCCACACACCACAUGGCGAUCUUGCAUGGGAGUUGGAUGUGUUAUGAAGUGGAGCUGAAUUGUAUGUCUGUUUGCUGAUAUCUGAAACUCAUAUAUUUUUUAAAAGAUCUAAAAUGUCGCAGUUACAGGCGAGGUUCUUCACGGAAGACCAAAGGUAUGUUGUAGAUGACGUCCCGUUCUCCAUCCCAGCUGCCUCGGAAGUCCAGGACCUCAGCAACGUUAUUAACAAGCUACUGGAGGCGAAGCAUGCAUCUCACAGUAGAGUGGAGUUUGACUUCCUGGUCAGGGGUCAGUUUCUGCGAACACAGCUGGCCACUCACAUGGAGACAGAGGGAAUAUCAACGGAAGACGUAGUGGAGCUAGAAUAUGUGCACCGGAUCACUGCGCCGGAGCCGGAGGAGUGUAUGAUGCACGAUGACUGGAUUAGCUCUGUGGAUGGAGACAGUGAGUGGAUCUUAACAGGGUCUUAUGACAAGACAGCCAGGAUAUGGUCACUGGAGGGCAAGGCAGUGAUGACAGUGGCUGGACAUUCAGAUGUUGUGAAGGAUGUUGCCUGGGUCAAAAGAGACGGCCUGACGUCUCUGCUCCUGACGGCCUCUCUGGACCAAACUGUGCUGCUGUGGGAGUGGAACUCUGAGAGGAACAAGCUGAAAGCCAGACACUGUUGUCGUGGACACACAGGAAGUGUUGACGCUAUUUCCACAGACCCUACAGGUUCUAAGUUCUGCAGCGGCUCUUGGGACAAAAUGUUGAAGAUCUGGUCUGCAGUGCCCACAGAUGAGGCGGAUGAGGUAGAGGAGCCUGCUGACAGACCCAGGAAGAAACAGAAGACCCAGCAACUCGGCCUGACUAGGACUCCCUUGAUGACAUUGUCUGGACACAACGAGGCAGUGUCCUCCGUCCUGUGGUGCGACAGUGAAGAAGUCUGCAGUGCAUCCUGGGAUCACUCCAUCCGAGUGUGGGAUGUGGAAGCUGGAGUCAUGAAGACCAUGUUGACGGGCAGUAAAGUGUUCAACUGUAUUUCCUACUCCCCACUGUGUCGACGGCUGGCCUCAGGCAGCACUGAUAGACACAUCAGACUCUGGGAUCCUCGCACCAAAGACGGCGCGCUGGUUCUGUUGUCUCUGACCUCCCACACUGGCUGGGUCACGGCGGUCAAGUGGGCACCUUCUCAUGAGCAUCAGCUUGUCUCCGGUUCUCUGGACAAUCUGGUCAAACUCUGGGACACCAGAAGCUGCAAGGCUCCAUUGUAUGACCUGGCAGCUCAUGAGGACAAAGUGUUUUGUGUGGACUGGACAGACAGUGGGCUCAUGUUGAGCGGUGGUGCCGACAACAAGCUCUACUCCUACAGAUACUCAGCUGCUCAGACAGAUGCAGGGGCGUAGGUACAGACUGUAGUGACCCAGGCCCCCGGAUUGUAAUGCAAAGCACGUGAACUCAGUCCUGGACAAAUCUUUUCCUGCUUUGUUCUUUUGGAUUUUGGUUGUUUUACUCAGAAUUUCCUGUGACUUCAUUGUUUCCCUGUUACCCGAGCAGAGUAUAAAUUAAUUUUCUCUUCAAAAAUGCAUCUUGAAUUUUAUUUGAGUGCGAUGGAAAGGUGUUGAACCAACUUUAAUUACUCUAAGGACCCAGAUUCUACAAAACACCACUGAACUAAAGUUGUGUGCAAGUGUUGUCCACAUGCAAAAAAAAAAGGAACGAAAAGUAGUUUUUUUUUACCAAUAAAAACUUGAAAAAUG